ACGUUACCGUUCCGCGCGCUCUCCCGCAGGAGGAAAGAGGCAGCACCAACGAACUUGCAGGUCGCGGGCCGCGGGUUCCGGAGUGAGCGCGCCGAAGGAGCGAGAGCCAACCGGCGGGAGUCGGAGUCGCAGUCGGAGUCUAGGGACCGGAGCACGAGCCUGAGCCGCAGAGCACCGCCCUCCCGCCCGUCGCCACCCGCGCACCCGGCGCUGCCAGAGCCACCAGCGCAGCGUGGCCAUGGAGCCCAGCAGCAAGAAGCUGACGGGUCGCCUCAUGAUGGCUGUGGGAGGGGCAGUGCUCGGCUCCCUGCAGUUUGGCUACAACACUGGGGUUAUCAAUGCCCCCCAGAAGGUAAUCGAGGAGUUCUACAACCAGACGUGGAUCCACCGCUAUGGGGAGCACAUCGUGCCCACCACACUCACCACGCUCUGGUCGCUCUCAGUGGCCAUCUUCUCCGUCGGGGGCAUGAUUGGCUCCUUCUCUGUGGGCCUUUUUGUUAACCGCUUUGGACGGCGGAAUUCGAUGCUGAUGAUAAACCUGCUGGCCUUCGUGUCCGCUGUACUCAUGGGCUUCUCGAAACUGGGCAAGUCCUUUGAGAUGCUGAUCUUGGGCCGCUUCAUCAUCGGUGUGUACUGUGGCCUGACCACAGGCUUCGUGCCCAUGUAUGUGGGGGAGGUGUCGCCCACAUCUCUUCGUGGGGCCCUAGGCACGCUGCACCAGUUGGGCAUCGUCAUCGGCAUUCUCAUUGCCCAGGUGUUUGGCCUGGACUCCAUCAUGGGCAAUGCAGAGCUGUGGCCCCUGCUGCUGAGCAUCAUCUUCAUCCCAGCCCUGCUGCAGAGCAUCCUGCUGCCCUUCUGCCCCGAGAGCCCCCGCUUCCUGCUCAUCAACCGCAACGAGGAGAACCGGGCCAAGAGUGUGUUGAAGAAGCUGCGUGGGACAGCCGAUGUGACCCAGGACCUGCAGGAGAUGAAGGAGGAGAGUCGGCAGAUGAUGCGGGAGAAGAAGGUCACCAUCCUGGAGCUGUUCCGUUCAACCACCUAUCGCCAGCCCAUCCUCAUUGCCGUGGUGCUGCAACUGUCCCAGCAGCUGUCGGGCAUUAAUGCUGUCUUCUAUUACUCCACGAGCAUCUUCGAGAAGGCAGGGGUAGAGCAGCCUGUGUAUGCCACCAUCGGCUCUGGCAUCGUCAACACGGCCUUCACUGUCUUGUCGCUGUUUGUGGUGGAGCGAGCCGGCCGUCGGACCCUGCAUCUCAUAGGCCUGGCUGGCAUGGCGGGCUGUGCCGUACUCAUGACCAUCGCGCUGGCACUGCUGGAGCAGCUGCCCUGGAUGUCCUAUCUGAGCAUUGUGGCCAUCUUUGGCUUUGUGGCCUUUUUUGAAGUGGGCCCUGGACCCAUCCCAUGGUUCAUCGUGGCUGAACUCUUCAGCCAGGGUCCUCGCCCAGCUGCCAUUGCCGUUGCUGGCUUCUCCAACUGGACCUCAAAUUUCAUAGUGGGCAUGUGUUUCCAGUAUGUGGAGCAACUGUGUGGUCCCUACGUCUUCAUCAUCUUCACUGUGCUCCUGGUUCUGUUCUUCAUCUUCACCUACUUUAAAGUUCCCGAGACUAAAGGCCGGACCUUCGAUGAAAUUGCUUCUGGCUUCCGGCAGGGGGGAGCCAGUCAAAGUGACAAGACACCUGAUGAGCUGUUCAACCCACUGGGGGCUGAUUCCCAAGUGUGAGGCGCCCCACACCACCAGCCCGGCCUGCUUCCAGCAGCCCCAGGGGUAUCUUGGGAGCACAGGCAGCUGCAUGACACUUCCAAACUGACAUAUCUCAGCUGAGCCGGGCUUGGGCUCCUUUCUUCAGCCAGCAAUGAUGUCUAGAAGAAUAUUCAGGACUUAUAAUGGCUCCAAGAUUUUAACAAAAGCAAGACUGUUGCUCAAAUCUAUUCAGACAAGCAACGGGUUUUAUAAUUUUUUUAUUACUGAUUUUGUUAUUAUUUUUUUAUCAGCCAGAGUCUCCUGUACUCAUACCCCAAGCUUCACCCCAAUGGCUCAGUGCCUAAGAGUGGGGAUCAAGCCCUGUCCAGACACUUGCCUUCUUUGCCAAGCUAAUCUGUAGGGCUGGACCUAUGACCAAGGACACACUAAUUGAACUACGAACUACGAGGCUUCUACCCCAGGAGGUGGCUGUGGCCACCCCCUUCUGCAGGCCUGGAUCUCCCUGUGUUGCUUUGCCUCCCACGGAUUUGUCACUCCUUUUCCCCUGGGUGACGGAGCCGCCAAAGAUUACUCAAAGCCCAUCUCUUCUGAGCAGUGAGAAGCCCCAAAAAGGGGUUAAUCUCCCAGAACCCUCAACAGUGAGGCAUUCCUUCCAUUUGGGAAAUUAACCACAAAUUGGGGUUCUCUUCCCACAUUUAUUCUCCAGACCAGGAAGUUCCAGGAAGAAAACAUAGUUGGGGUUUUUGCUAAGUACAACUUAACAAGUUUAACAAUAGAAGCUGGUAACAUUCAGUAAGAAAAGCAAGGUAACAUUCUAUAAUGCAAUUAAGUCGAUCCACUAACAAAAGCUUGAUUUUAGGAAACAUUUUCUUACAGCAACUUCCCAGUAUCUUUACAUAUUAAUCAGUAACCUUUGUCUUUGAGCCAGCAACCUUGCUGUGUUACAAUUCUUUAUCUUACAACAGAGACUGUAGCCUGGGGAAAAUUUCCUGUCCUUUGCAAAGUCAAUAUUUGAAACUGCAAGGCUUUGGAAAACCAGGCCCUGUGAAUUACAUUUGCUUUAUGCAUACUUCACAUCCCUGCCCUAGGGGUUGGCCUGCAUUAGGAUUCAGCCUUUCCCAUCUUUUCCAACCCAACCACUCAAAUUAAUCUUUCCUUGCCUGAGACCAGUUGGGAGCACUGGAGUGCAGGGAGGAGAGAAGGGCCAGACGGGCUGCCAAGUUCUAGUCUCCUUUGCACUGAGAGCCAGACGAUCACCAUGAGAGGAGGGCCCAUGGGAGGCUAAGAACUCACUGCUCAAGAAGACAUGGACACUCCUGCCCUGCUGUGUAUAGAUGGAAGAUAUUUAUAUAUAUUUUUUGGUUGUCAAUAUUAAAUACAGACACUAAGUUAUAGUAUAUCUGGAGAAACCAACUUGUAAAUAUACCACCUCACUCCUGUAACUUAGCUAAACAGAUAUAAAUGGCUGGUUGUUACAUA